AUGGUUCGAUUACAGGUAGCAAGAUCUGCCCUUCGGCCAUUGGCCUCGACGACCUCAUUGAUCGGUUCCCGGCGACCGCUACAACUGCAGUCAGCUUCGAUUAGCCUCCCAAUUGACCAGAAGCGAAGGACCUCCAACAAGGACAGCUCCCACCCCCACCCUGCCGCCUUGACUGCAGACGUGAAGCCGAGAGAUGUCAUGGAAUAUGCCUUGACAACCCUGGACAAGAUCGCUGCCUGGGCUCGCAAUGGCUCCUUCUGGCCAUUGACCUUUGGCCUGGCUUGCUGCGGCAUCGAGAUGAUGCACGUCUCGAUGCCAAGGUACGACCAAGAUCGCCUGGGCAUUAUCUUCCGAGCCUCCCCUCGACAAUCCGACGUCAUGAUCGUCGCUGGCACAGUCACCAACAAGAUGGCGACGGCCGUCCGACUCUGCUACGACCAGAUGCCGGAACCCCGUUGGGUCAUCAGCAUGGGGUCAUGCGCCAACGGCGGAGGAUACUAUCACUACAGCUACAGCGUCCUCAGAGGCGUCGAUAGGAUCCUUCCAGUCGACAUCUACGUUCCGGGGUGCCCGCCGACUGCUGAGGCGUUGAUGUAUGGCGUGUUUCAGUUGCAGAGGAAGAUUCGGAACACGAGGCAGUCGCGUAUCUGGUACCGGAAGAGAAAUGCUGAGCUAGCCAUGCACCAGGGGCACGGGGCCAACAUCGUCCUGGCUUGGCAGACCCGACCCUCACAGCAGCACUUGGUCCUUCUUUCGCAUGGCCUUGACGUAGGCGUUCUUCCAGAACACGAUCGAAAUGAACGAUAUGGGUAUGAUGCAGACAGAAGUGGUGAGCAUCAGGCGUUGCGUAUUGCUACCAAACUUAUCAGACGUUCCCAUCUCCUGAUCCCUGCCUCGACUUCCCCCAAAGCCCCCAUCUGCACCAUCUGCGGUGUAAAACUCGGGCACACCUCCCUCGAGUCAGAAGAUACCACCCCAGGCUGGUAUCCCAAAAUAUCGGCACAAGGCUCAGUGCUUCUUUCUGGCCCCCAUUGGCCCUACUACGGCCAUGGACCCAUAUCGUUAAAGAUACCAGACAGUACAGUUGUUCGACAUGCUGCUGAUCUGACCGAUCCACCCCCAAAGAUGCGGAUUCUCUCCACUGACGAGUCACUGUUUCCACAAGAGGAGAUGGACGUUAUUGAGGCAGAUCGGCGUUAUCCAUCUGCAAGCCAGAUAUUGUAUGUUGGGAUACACACUUCCUGCGAGGACAUGGCAAACCGGGCCAUGCGAUCCUCGCCGAAAUGCGAGAUUCGAUCUGUUGGCGAUCUCUGGAUGACACUUGAACGCCGAUGUACAAGAACAAUACAAAGCAGGCGUCUCACUCUGAGCUUCCUGCCAAUCAUUCUCAAGAAUCGUGCGUGGCAAGGCCUGGAGCUGGGUCUUGAGCGCUAUUUCAUUCCUCCUGAGUUCUUUGACCAGUCUGAAGAGAGUUGCCCUGUCGCUGAACAAGAAUGGUGGGAGGCUGAUCCCAUCUCCAUUCCCGGGUUGACGGUUGACUUGAUGUCUAAUCUGCGACCGGCUCUCCAAACCAACCCCUUUCCCCGGUUCACGAGGCAUUUCGCGGCCUUGCCACAAGAAAUCAGGGAUAACAUCAUGUCGUUUCUUCUCGUCGAGUCUGUCGCUCUAGAUUGCAACUACCUGGCCCCGCAAUCGUACUGGAAGCAGCUGUUUCUCAACAUUCCAUUUCUAUGGGACCUUGACUUGACAGUCAUUGAUCAAAAGCCAUCUCCCAUUGAGAAAGGAGUCGGUUGGGAUUGGGAAAGGCUCACACGCCAGGUGCUGGCUCCCGUGCGAGUUGCGUUUGUGGAGGAAGGGAAGGACGCCCACACAGCCUGGGAUUAUCACCAAGUUGGGCUUGUCGUUCCUCCUGGACUCAAGAAUCGUCGGAGGAUCUGGCAAAUCUUGGAGGAGAUGUUCCCAGACGACGUGGAGGUGUAUCAUUCUAAAGAUGAUCCUGACCAUCAUCUUUCUCGCAUCACUAUCACGAUGUCUGCCUACGCUCGCGAUGGUGGCGAUGCUCUCGCCGCUAUCGCCUCCCAAGCACAUGCACGAAUCGACAGUUUUGCACGCCAAUACCUCGACUUCAUGGACCUGGCUCGCCGAGGCUGGGACGGAGAAACCCUGGGCCAUCCUCCUACUCUUGCCUACCACAACCCAGUAGAGAAGGCUGCAGUCAUUGGUGUCUUUUCUGCCAGUCAUCCAGACAAGGAUGUGCGCGGUAAAGAGGCUCUACUCGGGAUCCAGUCCUUUGACCCCCAGCGACACAGGAUCUACUGGGCGUGGAUGAACGAUCAGGGCACGUACCAACCGCAAUCAACUGUCGAAUUUCGUGAUGCGCAUACCCUGGCAACGGCGCGCAAAGCCGCGGCGGCGGCCUACGACAAGGCCGAGCACGAAGUAGUCCGACAACACAACAUCAAUGUGCUCUUUUAUCUGGCCAGAAGAGAGUUGCUGGUUGCGGAGGUCAAACUUCAUCCAAUGGACUAUGGCUCCCCGCUUGUGACGGAGAUUUAUGUAUCGUGGAUGCUCUCGUUGGGUGAGGACUUUUUGACGCACAUCACGGCAAGGUCCAGUGAGUAA